UGCAGUCGAGUUGAGUUGAGUUGGUUGGAUUUUGUUUUGAUUGAAUUGCCGGAUUUCCAAUCCGCAAUCCAUUGCCGGUGCCGGUAUUUUCAUUUUGGAAGAAAUUAAAAGCGCAAGAAUGACCUUAAGCAACAGUUAAUCUACACUACCCAACUAAAGUUGCCCGUUGCCGUCACUACUACCGCCUGAAGAAUUGAUUCUCAGUGUUCUCAAUUUUUUCCACGCCAGUGGCAUUUUACAAGGGGACAACGCUCGCGCUACUAAAGUUUUCUCAAGAAGAACAGAUGGUGCUGAAGAGAGUUGAACAGCCUUCUCCACAGUGGGCCUGGCUGCCAAUGGAUGAGGUGGAGGACGUUCACGUCAUUGUAGUGGAAGGUCCUGAAGCAAUCUUCUUACGACUAAGCAAGUUUUACGACAACUUGGAGAGACUGAUGAAAGAGAUUCAAAAACAUGCAAGUAUUCAAAAACAGCCUUCUAAUUGUCACAUGAUGCUCGAAGAAGGUGAUUGUUGUUUGGGGAAACCAUCAGAAAGUGAGGAGUGGAAUCGAGCCCUGGUUAGGGGCAAGCCAACUGAAGAUACUGUGGAGUUGUUCUUUGUGGAUUUCGGUGACACAGAGGUCGUACCUUGGAGCCAUGUGUUGCCGAUUCCUGACAAAUUCAUCACUCAGUUACCAUUCCAGAUCAUAGAAUGCUUUUUGUUUGGAGUGAAGUUUUUAUACCAAGACCCGGAUGACCAAGAGUGGGAAGAUGAAGUUAUCAACAUGAUCUACGAUAUAACACAGACUGAUGAUGAAGUACCGGUAGCAAAACGUUUAAGUGUUAAGGCUUCUUUCGGAGAAGAAAAGGGAUUGUACACUGACGGAAGGAGGUACAGCGUAGUGUUGGCAGACUGCAGUGUGGAGCCUCUGAAUCCCUCUUUUAUCAAUUCUAUAAUGGCCUCUUCCAAUUAUGCAGUGCCGGCAAUUCUGAUGGACUAUGUAAGAGAAGAUGACUUUGACGAUGAAGACUUUAACUUUCUUUUCUUAGAUUAUAGAUCUAGGCCUAAAUUAGCUCAGAGGGGAUAGUGCAGAAAUUUAAUCUUGAGGUAAAGUUCAUUCUUUUUUGUGUUUCAAAACUGAAUGUACCAUCAUAAAUAAUGGUUUUGAAUAGUGGCCAUGAUAAAUCACGGUAUUGAAUAAUGGCCAUGAUAAAUCAUGGUUUUGAAUAGUGGCCAUGAUAAAUCAUGGUUUUGAAUAGUGGCCCUUAAGGUAUGAAAAAAAUUUUCUUUUGUUUGUUUUACAUGUGUUUGAAGUAAAUUAAUGUUUUGUUCUCA